UACAUCAUGUGUCAACCAGUCACUUACUUCUCGUUUUCAUACUGCCAGUGAGUUGUCUUACAAAACCUCUCCACUUUGCUCUACUGCAGGGUGGGUGAUGCAACAAUGGCCUUGAGAACAGCAGGAAGUGUGUUGGUGGUCUUUCUCUUGUCCGUGGCAGCAAAUACAGCAACAAAGUGUGGACAACAAAGCCAGGUGAUGGUGCCUCCCACCAAUGCUGCAGAGGGACAGAAGACACUGACCUGUAGCACAACCUGUACUCUGACUGACAACCCCAACCCCACCUACAACUGGUACAAGAAUGGACAACGUCUAGAUGAGCACAUUUCCCAACAAUAUUCUAUCCACAUUUACUAUUCAGACAUUUACUCCUGUGCUGUAAAAGGCUAUGAGGAUCUCCUCUCUCCUGCAGUGUGUGUUCUGGGUCAGAACUGUUUCAACGUGACUUACACCCAUCAGAGUAUCUGUGCUAUGAAGGGCUCAACAGUGGAACUGCCCUGCACAUAUCAAUAUCCAAGUUAUCAUGUAGUCUCAGAACCAAACUGGUAUAUCCAAGAGAAAUAUAAUGAGGCGCCUAAAAUGCUGAGCUCGGUGCCAGAGUAUGCAGGUCGUGCUGAGUACCUUGGGACUGAAGAGAAAGACUGCACCCUGAGAAUCACAGACCUGAGAGAGAGAGAUUCAGCUGAGUACAAGUUCAGAUUUAAAACACAGUAUGCAGAAUGGGGGUACAGCUUCUCUGGAACAACUCUGACUGUCACAGUGGAAAAGAAGAGAACACUGACCUGUAGCACCACCUGUCUUCUGACUGACAACCCCAACCCCACCUACAUCUGGUACAAGAACGGACAACAUCUCCAUGACCCUACUUCCCAACAAUACUCCUGUAAUACUCUAGUGGUCUGGUGUUACUCUGCAGACAGUUACUCCUGUGCUGUAAAAGACCAUGAGGAUGUUCUCACUCCCACAGUGUGUGUUCAGGGUCAGAGCUGUUUGAAUGUGACUUACACCAAGAGGAGUAUAUGUGCCUUGAAGGGGUCAACAGUGGACAUUACCUGCACGUAUAGACAUCCCAGCUGGCAUAACGUCACAGAAGUAUCCUGGUUCAACAAAUGGGAGUCUGGAGUUACUACAGAUCUAAGCCAGGACCCAGAGUAUGCAGGUCGUGUGAAGUACCUUCCAACUACAGAAAAGGACUCCACCCUGAGAAUCACAGACCUGAGAGAGAGUGACUCUGCUGAAUACAAGUUUAGAUUUACAACAACUGCGGUAAAAUGGGGAUACAGCUUCCCUGGAAUAACUCUUAAUGUCACAGACUUGCAGGUGAAGGAGUCUCCUGGCACAGAGGAAGGGAAGGUGACACUGACCUGUAGCACCACCUGUACUCUAACUGACAACCCCACCUACAUCUGGUACAAGAACGGACAACUUCUUACCAACCCAAACACACAAGAUAACUUCCUCUACCUAGACCAAAUCAGCAGUGAGGACGCAGGAAGCUACUCCUGUAGUGUUAAAGGCUACCGUUCUCCUGUUACGUUUGUUGGGGAACCAAAGUCUUUGAAGAAUGCAGUUGUAGGAAUCAUAGUGGUUAUUCUGAUUCUCAUACUCUGUCUGUUUGGGUUCAUGUGGUUCAGGAAGAAGACCUCCAAAUCCACCACUGACACAAGAGACAGAAGAGACACAGCAGAGAAUGGACAGAGAGACUCUAAUCCAGUGUAUGACAACAUCUCAGGCAUGGCCAUGACCCCUACUGCAGCACAGAGAGCGAUCACAGACGAGCAGGAUGACGUUACCUACGCCAGCAUCCAACACAGAAACCAGGAAGUGCCUCCGGACUCCACCUUCCCACUAUCUCACCCCCAGAAACAGGACGAGGAUUUCCAGUACGCUACUGUGAAAUUCAACAGCCCCAGUGCUGCUCAAUAGACAUUGGAUUCAAUCCAAUCAUAGGUUAUAGGCAUUGUUGCUUUCAAUGUAGUUCUUCUUUUUUGAAAAAAUGCUUUUGGAAAAUGCUAUAUAAUUCCUCAAUUAGAAUGUCUUUAAUUUUGGCUUGAAUUAUCCCUUUAAAUUAAAGUAUAGGCCAAACUGUUCAGUACAUAUUCUACUGUUCUAUUAUGGUCAGAGGGGAUAAAAACGGUUCAUUUUUUACAGUAACUUCUUUGUUGUCAUAUCUCAAACGGACAGUUUCAGCAUUAAGGAUGCCAGCUUUAAAUAACACAAUAUAACCAACUUUAUUCAUGAGGUCUUAUAGUAAAUGUACUAUAAAUCACAGUAAUUUAAACAUCCCAUCCAUGCACCACACUAAACCUACACAUGUCUGUGUCUGAAAUGUCAUCCUAUUCACUACAUACUGCCAGGUCACAUUUCAGACACAGAUAUCCUCUUUAACUGUUAAGGGCCAAACAAAUGAUACCAGUGAAACAGGUUGAAGGUUGUAGCUGCUAUGACACCUUGUUUAAUGACGUGAGGUACUCAAUAAAUGACUAAAUACAA